UCGCUCGACAACCCGGAAGAAACAGCAGCCCGAAAAGAGCGCCUGGAUUUCAAUUUUAGAACAGAUACGAAGACAUUGACAGAUCUGAGGUCAGUGUCCGCCCCAGUAAGACCAUGAGUUUCUCCCCCACCCCCGUGGGCCCGACCGGCAGCCGUAGUGUCCAGGAGCAGAGAGAGAAGUGGGAGAGGAAGAGAACCCGUACAGUCAGGGCCCUGGUCCAAACUGAACAGAAAUACUGUAAACAACUGCAACUAGUCAACACGUACUUUGUGGAGAUUCUGAAGGCCAAAGGCACCCUGAGGCAGGACAUUAGAGAAAGCAUCUUUAGUUCCCUUCCAUCCAUCUAUUCAGUAAACCAGACGUUGUUGGUCCGUCUGGAGAACGGGGACUUGGGGCGUGGAUUUGAUGACUUCUGUCCUCACCUCCACCACUACGUUACCUACGUAGACAACAUCCAGAACGCCAACAAGGUCCUGGCGCUCCAGGUAAAGAAGAACAAAGCCUUUAGAAGGUUUAAGAAGCUCCAGGAGUCCAGACCAGAGUUCCACAACUGUAAACUAGAGGACCUGCUCCCACUGCCCAUACAGCGCAUCCAACAGUACAAACAUUUCUUACGGGAUCUGUCAGAGAACACGAGACCAGAUUACCCAGAGUUCCAACCGCUUUCAAGGUCGGUGAAGCUGAUCUCGGAGGUAUCCCAGCGUAUCCAGGACAACGCCCGCAGCCAUGACAACCACCUGCAGCUGCGGCGGGUGCAGAGACUGCUGAAGGGGAGAAAGACCAAAGUGGAAGCUCCAGGACGCUGGUACCUGCGUGAGGGCUGGCUGCGUAGUCCCCCUAAAGGAGCAGAGGUCAAACCCAAGAUGUUCUUCCUGUUUAGUGAUGUCCUUCUCCAAGCCAAGCCCUGCCACCCUCUCCAUCCCACCAAUGGAGAUAAGUUUGCUGGCCAGAGAGUCUACCCACUGAAGGACUGUACUGUGGACAAGGUGUUUGGGCACACCCAGAGCCAGGGCGGCCUUCUCAGUUUGACCUUCCCUAAAGCCAAGCUGCUGCUGAUGUCCAGCGAUCAGGAUGAUAUCAACGACUGGUAUUACAGCCUGGGUUCUGCUGUAGGACAGUUGAAGUCCAGGAACACAGUGGUCCAUCACAGAGAUGAUCUGGUCAGGAGACCUCUACGCUACUUUGUAGAGGACCAGAAGAACCAAACUACCCCCUCCACACCACCCACCACUACCACCCCAGGGAGGAAGAGGAUGGCCCCCCCUCCACCCCAGACCCCCUCCAGACCUACCGCUCCAGCAGAAGCAGAGGGCAGCGCAUCCAAGAGGAUGAAGCUGACUGGGGGGCCAGCUGAGAGUGAACCGGCCAGGUCAAGCUGUGUGAUCCUGUGAAGGACCAAGAACUUCAGAGAUCCUUGCUUUUUCACACAAACCAAUCAAGUCAAACAGAUAAGCGUUAAUAGUGGGGAUAUGGGAGGUAGUUAGAUACUGGACAAUCAGGUUAAUGGGGAGAGAUGGGAGGUUGUUAGAUGCUGGAUAAUUAGGUUAAUGGGGAGAGAUGGGAGGUAGUUAGAUACUGGAGAAUUAGGUUAAUGGGGAGAGAUGGGAGGUAGUUAGAUGCUGGAGAAUUAGGUUAAUGGAGAGAUAGGAGGUAGUUAGAUAUGAGGAGAGAUGGGAGGUAGAUACUGGAGAAUCAGGUUAAUGGUGGGGAUAUGAGGAGAGAUGGGAGGUAGUUAGAUACUGAAGAAUUAGGUUAAUGGGGAGAGAUGGGAGGUAGUUAGAUACUGGAGAAUUAGGUUAAUGGGGAGAGAUGGGAGGUCGUUAGAUACUGGAGAAUCAGGUUAACGCUGGGAUAUGAGAAGAGAUGGGAGGUAGCUAGAUACUGGAGAAUCAGGUUAAUGGGGGUGUAGUUAGAUACUGGAGAAUCAGGUUAAUGGGGGUGUAGUUAGAUACUGGAGAAUCAGGUUAAUGGGGGUGUAGUUAGAUACUGGAGAAUCAGGUUAAUGGGGGUGUAGUUAGAUACUGGAGAAUUAGGUUAAUGGGGAGAUGGGAGGUAGUUAGAUACUGGAGAAUCAGGUUAAUGGGGGUGUAGUUAGAUACUGGAGAAUCAGGUUAACGCUGGGAUAUGAGGAGAGAUGGGAGGUAGUUAGAAGAUAUGAAAUGCGAAGAUUUUAACACUGAUGCCAAAGACACACUUUGAAACAGCUUCACGAUAGAAGCUCAAGCAGAUGGAAAAUGUGAGAUUUGACUCUGAAAGAAAUUAAUGUUUUAUCCUGAAUAGAAUGUUACCAUUUAUGUCAGAGCAAAAGAUCAGCAGGAAAAUACUAGAUUACUCGAUUGGGAAUCAAAACUGUCCCCUGGGAUAUUUUGGCAGCACAAUACCAUGUCAUCUUAAUGUUAAAUCUUACUGUCUAUUUACAUUUAAUUCAUACAAGAGCUGAAAUAUCAAAUCAAAUCUGUCUAUAUAUUAGUAACAUAUCAUGCUUGUCUCUAUGGUAAUAUACAGUAUAUUAUAAUAUUAGUAACACAUCAUGCUUGUCUCUAUGGUAAUAAACAGUAUAUUAUAAUAUUAGUAACAUAUCAUGCUUGUCUCUAUGGUAAUAUACAGUAUAUUAUAAUAUUAGUAACAUGCUUGUCUCUAUGGUAAUAUACAGUAUAUUAUAAUAAUAGUAACAUAUCAUGCUUGUCUCUAUGGUAAUAUACAAUAUAUUAUAAUACUAGUAACAUAUCAUGCUUGUCUCUAUGGUAAUAUAUGGUAUAUUAUAAUAUUAGUAACAUGCUUGUCUCUAUGGUAAUAUACAGUAUAUUACAAUAUUAGUAACAUAUCAUGCUUGUCUCUAUGGUAAUAUACAGUAUAUUAUAAUAUUAGUAACAUGCUUGUCUCUAUGGUAAUAUAUGGUAUAUUAUAAUAUUACUAACACAUCAUGCUUGUCUCUAUGGUAAUAUACAGUAUAUUAUAAUAUUAGUAACAUGCUUGUCUCUAUGGUAAUAAACAGUAUAUUAUAAUAUUAGUAACAUGCUUGUCUCUAUGGUAAUAUACAGUAUAUUAUAAUAUUAGUAACAUGCUUGUCUCUAUGGUAAUAUACAGUAUAUUAUAAUAUUAGUAACACAUCAUGCUUGUCUCUAUGGUAAUAAACAGUAUAUUAUAAUAUUAGUAACAUAUCAUGCUUGUCUCUAUGGUAAUAUACAGUAUAUUAUAAUAUUAGUAACAUGCUUGUCUCUAUGGUAAUAUACAGUAUAUUAUAAUAAUAGUAACAUAUCAUGCUUGUCUCUAUGGUAAUAUACAAUAUAUUAUAAUACUAGUAACAUAUCAUGCUUGUCUCUAUGGUAAUAUAUGGUAUAUUAUAAUAUUAGUAACAUGCUUGUCUCUAUGGUAAUAUACAGUAUAUUACAAUAUUAGUAACAUAUCAUGCUUGUCUCUAUGGUAAUAUACAGUAUAUUAUAAUAUUAGUAACAUGCUUGUCUCUAUGGUAAUAUAUGGUAUAUUAUAAUAUUACUAACACAUCAUGCUUGUCUCUAUGGUAAUAUACAGUAUAUUACAAUAUUAGUAACAUAUCAUGCUUGUCUCUAUGGUAAUAUACAGUAUAUUAUAAUAUUAGUAACAUGCUUGUCUCUAUGGUAAUAUAUGGUAUAUUAUAAUAUUACUAACACAUCAUGCUUGUCUCUAUGGUAAUAUACAGUAUAUUAUAAUAUUAGUAACACAUCAUGCUUGUCUCUAUGGUAAUAAACAGUAUAUUAUAAUAUUAGUAACAUGCUUGUCUCUAUGGUAAUAUACAGUAUAUUAUAAUAUUAGUAACAUGCUUGUCUCUCUGGUAAUAAACAGUAUAGUAUAAUAUUAGUAACACAACAUGCUUGUCUCUAUGGUAAUAUACAGUAUAUUAUAAUAUUACUAACACAACAUGCUUGUCUCUAUGGUAAUAUACAGUAUAUUAUAAUAUUAGUAACAUGCUUGUCUCUAUGGUAAUAUACAGUAUAUUAUAAUAUUAGUAACACAUCAUGCUUGUCUCUAUGGUAAUAAACAGUAUAUUAUAAUAUUAGUAACAUGCUUGUCUCUAUGGUAAUAUACAGUAUAUUAUAAUAUCAUGCUUGUCUCUAUGGUAAUAUACAGUAUAUUAUAUCGUUAUGGGGAUAUAUGGAGUGCAGGACGAGGAGUAUAUACAAGCCAGCGACAAUUAAUAGCUAUUGACUUAAUGAAUAUAUUUAUUCCAUAUCAUGAUUGUAUCUUUCACUACUGCAGAGAGAGAAUUCUCCCCUUUAAAAACUUCUAGUAUGUGCUUGGCCAUUCUGAGCCCUAUGAAUCGAUGGUCUACCAUGCUGAGCCCUAUGAAUCGAUGGUCUACCAUGCUGAGCCCUAUGAAUCGAUGGUCUGCCAUGCUGAGCCCUAUGAAUCGAUGGUCUGCCAUGCUGAGCCCUAUGAAUCGAUGGUCUACCAUGCUGAGCCCUAUGAAUCGAUGGUCUACCAUGCUGAGCCCUAUGAAUCGAUGGUCUACCAUGCUGAGCCCUAUGAAUCGAUGGUCUACCAUGCUGAGCCCUAUGAAUCGAUGGUCUACCAUGCUGAGCCCUAUGAAUCGAUGGUCUACCAUGCUGAGCCCUAUGAAUCGAUGGUCUACCAUGCUGAGCCCUAUGAAUCGAUGGUCUACCAUGCUGAGCCCUAUGAAUCGAUGGUCUACCAUGCUGAGCCCUAUGAAUCGAUGGUCUACCAUGCUGAGCCCUGUGAAUCGAUGGUCUACCAUGCUGAGCCCUAUGAAUCGAUGGUCUACCAUGCUGAGCCCUGUGAAUCGAUGGUCUACCAUGCUGAGCCCUAUGAAUCGAUGGUCUACCAUGCUGAGCCCUAUGAAUCGAUGGUCUACCAUGCUGAGCCCUAUGAAUCGAUGGUCUACCAUUCUGAGCCCUGUGAAUGAUGUUCCCUCCAUAGUCAUGUACCCCGUCCAGUAUAUUUACCAACAACAUUAAACA